CCUUCGGUGCACACACACACUUCUUGAUGAGCAGUGAAAAGGUCUUUGUUGGACGCUGACCUUGUGUUGUCUGAUACAGAGUUGUCCAGUGUGACAGUGUAAUGCUGAUGAGGUAAAGACCUGUCUGUCACAGGCCAUCUGCAGACCUGGAUAAUCCCUGUUAGGAGAUUAGAGUCGGAGGACGAGCCGAGAGGAAACACAGCAACACACUGACAGAGAAAUGUCAUGUUUCCUGUUGAGAUGUUUGUGGACUCGAACUGUUUUUGGACUCGUGGAAGAGUUGUUUGGUGGUCUGAGGCUUUUAUUGUGAAGGAAGGAGAAGUCUUUUAAACGAGGCUGACUGAACAACCUUUGGCUCUAUCUGUGUUUUGAAGCUGAUACGGAGAUCUCAAAGCCAAAUCUGAAAUAUUUUGGGCUUUUAUUGUGGAGAACUGGAACAUUUUUGAGCUUUUGUUUCUACUUUUAUUGUGAAGGAUUUCAGUUUUAUUGUGAAAAAUGCCAUUUUUGGAGAUUUAUUUUGAUGGUGUUCGUCCGAUAUUUAUCAUGUUGAGUUGAAAAAACAAACUGCAGUCUUUUACCGCGGUUUGGACAUUUAUUGUGAAAGGUUGAACUUGACAGGAAAAACAUGCUUUUAUGAUGAAGGGUUGGAAGUUCCUUGGGGCUUUUAUUGUGAAAAGAUGGGACUAGUUGUUGUUGUUGUUGCGUUCCUCUGUCCUGAGAGCGGAGCUGGACAUUAAACAGCCAAUCAGCCGCCAGGACAGGAUGAUUUCAUAUGUGGAGUGUCUGGGCGGUGAGGGGGCGGGGCCCGGCGUGGCGUCACGCUGCUGGAGCGCGGGUCCCGACGAAGAGCGAGAUGAGCUUCUUCCACGCAAAAUGGCCGCCCUGCAGCCCAAGAUGGAGGGCAGCCUGCGUCGGCGCCUUCUCAGCGCCAGGAUCCACCAGCACCACGACGCCAUCCUGAGGAUGAACGCAGGCGGUGCUGGCAGGGCGGCGACACCCUCAGGUGACAAAAAGCCCCUCCCACCUCACCUUCAGUAUCCAGGCAACAACCCUUGGUACCGCCGCCAGCACCUUCCACCACGACCCCACGUCCACCCUUCCCUUGCCCCGGAGGCUCAUGGGAAACUUUUCCUCACUCUAGAGGCUCAUGGGAAACCUACUCCACCAUCCCCACCCCAUCACCUGCCACGCUCCACCUGCCCAGUCCUUACCCAGCGGAGCCGAACAGGUUCUUGCCCCCUGACCCCAGAACCCCGCCCCGGCUACACCCUGCCCAUCCCCUCGCCUCCCAGCCCCCCGCCCUCCUUCAGGGAGCCAGAGGUGCCGCCGCAGUACUGCUACCGGCCCAGCAGGAGGUGCAGGACCAACUUCUUCUGCUUCAGACCACGUCGAGGGAGGAGUGCCAGGCGGGAAGCCACACAGACCACACCCCUUCUACAAAGAGCAGGGGACGGAGACAGCAAGUGGUCCGUUCACUACAAUACCCAGAAGCCCCAGCAGGGCCUGCUGUUCAUCCCGGGAAAGAGACGGUCCGGCAGCGCUGAUGAUCUGCAAGCCUAUAACAGGCUGACUCAGCAUGGCUACAGCUCUCCGACCCACCCACCGAGCCCGUCCUCCUCUGGGCUCGACCAAUCAGAGGGCAGCACAACACGCAGACGGUGGAAGGACAAAAGCAGGAAGAUGUCCUCAGCUUUCUCGGAUGAAGACGAGAGGUUCAUUCUGAACAACAUGCGACCUCUGACCCCUCUGGUUCUCAACCCAGUCCAACCAACCUCCUGCUGGGAUGUCUUUACCCCCGCCUAUGAGCCAACAGUUGAUGCGGAGAUGGAGCCAACGCCUCGGCUUCCAACACCAGAGGAGAGGAUGAGGCAGCAGGCUGAGGCAGUCGGAGCUGAUAUAGUCCCUAUCAACAUCACCGGAGCGAGUUUUGAUCGCCAGGCCAGUUUUCGAAGAGUGGUUUCUAACACUGACUCGUUAUCCCGGCGACCCCGUAACCUGAGCCGCCGCAAGACAGUUACCGGGAUACCUGAUGACGCCAGCCAGAAGCCGGACUCGCCUUUGGUCUCUUUGGUUCUUCCCGGUCAGUUCUCCACCGUGGGUCGACCCGCCUCCUGCACCUCGUCCAACCAACUGAAGAAAACAGGGGAGGACAUGGCAGCGAAGGAGAAGAGAGGAGUCAGAGAGGAGGGGCAGUCGUCAGCAAGGAGGAUCCGAGCCCCAAGAGGAGAAGGGAUGUCCAGCCUCAUGGCCUCGCUUACCUCCUGCUCACCUGACGGCUCGUUGGAGGUUCACAACCUCCCCCGCCUGGCAACGAACUCCUCUCUGAACUCUGAGGCCAGCUGUGACAGCCCCCCCUACAGGACGCUCAGUGCCUCCUCAUCUUGUUGCCAGGAUGUGGAAGGUAUCCCCAGCGACGUCCAGCCUCUGCUGCCAUUUGAACCCACUGCCAGGGUGCUCCCCCAGUCUCCUUCCUCCCCCUCUUCUCUUCCUUCCUCCCACCCUGGCACCCCCAGUCAUGAGUGGUCCUACCCCGGUGAUAAGCCCCUGAGUUCCCCUUCCUCCCCCCGCUACCUCUCCUCUUCCUCCAUCGCGGACUCUGAGUCUCAGUUUACCUACCAGGCUCUGGAUGACCAGACCGCCACCCAGCAAGGCACCCAAUGCUCCUACGACGGGGAGGCGUGGAGCGACCAGCCCCUCUCCCCCAGCUCAAGUGUUCACAGCAGCCAGGCCGGGGACGACUGGAACAGUAUCACCCAGGGAAUGAGAUGUGUUUCUGGGGAAGGUUGGAACUGUGAUCCCCUGCUCUCCUCUGGUCGUUCUUCUCCCUCUCACACUGACAGCACCUCUUUGUGUUCAGAGAAAAUGACCUCGUCUCCUUUGCUAAACAAAAGGAAGAACAGCGCUUCCUCCUCCAACUCUUGCACCCGCAGCAUCUCCCUCCGCAAGUCCAAGCGCCCGCCUCCUCCACCGUUGCGCUCGGACUCUCUGAGGCGCCGUCCGGCUCGUAGCAAACCCCCCCGCUCCUCCUGUGGUGGUGCCUGCCGGGAGCACACCGCCCAGCAGACGCCCACAUCGUUUCCCCAGACUUUCGAUGACCCCUGGGUGCCCAGGAGCAACGCGAAAAGACGACAAAGUGGAUUUAACUGUGGGACAGUCACAACCUUUGAACCUCUGAGUCCAGACUGCCAGACCACAACCCCUGUUGACUCUCCUCCUUCUGAGCACCCACCACCAAGCCCCGGUCACUCCCAUGCUGACGCCUCUUCAGGGGCUGGCCUGCAGCGCCUUGCUUCGCCUUCGAGUGGCUACUCCAGCCAGUCUAACACCCCAACUCCUGGUACCCCUGUGUCUUCCCCCCUCACCCCGUCCUCCCCUCUGACAGUGAGCCCCGGAGCCUUCUCCCUCCCCCCGACCUCCCCCUUCUCCUCUCUGCAGUCGUCUUCCUCUCCCCUGUCGCCUGCCGUCUCCUCCCUGCCCAGGACGAGGUCUCGGGGCAAAGGAAGGCCCAAGCCACCAGUGCCAGAAAGGAAGUCGUCACUCUUUUCCUCCCUCUCCUCCUCGUUUUCCUCCACCUCCUCCCUCUCUUCCUGCACCUCCUCAGACUCCUCUGCCAAGCAUCCUCUUCUCCCACCUCCUCCUCCUCCUCCUCUUCCAGAAUCUUCCUCUCCUUUGCCUUCUGUCUUCUCCUCCCCGAUUCGUGAGCCUCCUCCUUCAGUUCCGCCCCUUUGCCUGCCUGCUUCUCCUUCUUUCACCAAACUUUCUGCUGCUCCACCUCCACCACCUUCAUCUCUUCCUCCCCCACCUCCCUUGCCUCCCCCACCUCCUCCUCCACCUCUCCCGCCUUCAUCCCUUCCCACUCCUCCUCCUCUUCCUCCUUCUGUUCGUCCUCCUCCUCCCCCCUACUCCUAUGCCAUCAAACAGACCUCGUCCGCCAUCUCAUCAUCAACCAACCUCCCUCCUCCCCCAACUUCUCCACCUCCUCCUCCUCCACGUUCUCCUCCUCCCCCUUCAGAACUUCUCGACUCACCGCUCGCUGACCUUCCUCCUCCACCACCGCCUCCUCCUCUGUCUACACUCCUCCCAGGAGGAUCUGAGCAGUCUCCCAAAGGUGGUGUUAAGGUGGCGGCUCCCCCGGUGGUGACUGCCCAGGCUCUGCAGGGCGUGAAGCUUCGCUCCAUCAGGAGCCACGACGGCCUGCUCAGUGUUGCAUCUACGAUCCACGAGCGACCGAGCGAAGAAGCUCGGCCGGACAAAGAUGGAGCCGCAUCACAGACAGCUGUACGUGAUCGAGCUGCUCAUGCAGCUGUAAUGGGGGGUGCUAACCUUCAAAGGUUCUGUUCUGUAACAAAAGGUGAUAACAGUGAGUCACCGUAUGCUCAUGGCUCCGCUAACCAAAGACGAUCCGGUUCCUCGUCGACCAAUAAAACUCCUCAAGACAUCAGUGAACACGAGACGUACGCUUCACUGGCAAACAGUCCAGCCUGCAGUCCUGAUGGUUGUGAUGCUGACCACGUCAACACAGCCAGUAACGCCUCUCUGCAACAGGUCACAGAUAUGUCAGCAGAUGCUCAGCUAACCCAGCCUGCAGAGGAAGUGGAAAACACUGAGGAGUCUUCAUACUGGACCCUCUCUGGACCAAAAGAAGAAGACAGAGCGACGCUGUCACAGAGCAAAGAUGAGGUCAAGAAUGAUUCAGCAUUGCUGAGUCAUGAUUUAAAACGGGUCUCUAAGCCCGGCAGCCCAACAAAGUCUCCAGAGAAGCCGGCCCUGCCAAAGAAGCCCGAUCUUUGUCUCCUCAGUCUCAUGUCGUCCCCUGAAGCCAGACGGGCACCAGGUGUGUUGAAGAGCAACGGGCAAAUCACAACGCCUCCUCCUGGCCUCAACAGCCAAUCACAGCCUCCAGCUGACUCCUCCGUCACACCUACACCUUCACCAAAGCGUUCGACUGCAUGCUCCACUGUUGAUAAAUCUACUUCACCUGCACACUCGACAAAUGCUGCUUCUUCCCCGGUGAACUCGACACCUGCUGACAUCAACGCUCACUCACCUGUGAACUCCCCACAGAGGCAGAAGCCACCGACUCUGUACAAGAAGCCAGAUCUGUCAGUGACCUCCCCCAAAACAAACAAACCACUCUUUGGAUCUAGAAAUCCAGAAGAGGUGUCCAAAGGCACCACAGAGACCCGUGGCACCGUGGAGAUCAUGGGCACCACAAGGCCUGAAGACCGUUUAAACAGGGUCAUGGGUACCUCAGGAGUUUGGGACACCAGUAGCACCUUAGGGACCAUGGGCAUCUAUGGGAACUGUGGCCCCUCGGGGUUCAUGGGUGUCUCAGAGACCUGGAGUAUCACAGGAUCUCCAAACAAUAUCAGUGGGACUUUAGAGAACUGUGGUGUUGCAGGAACAUGGGGAACUUCAGACACCUGUAGCAUAGUGAACUCGGCAGCCUACAGAGCUACUACGACCCAAACCGGACUAACGAACCCUUAUUGUGCUGGGAUCAUCAGGACGCGACCUUACAAGGAAGAUGAGACAACAUGUCAGAAGAGGUUGAUGAGUUCAUCGCUGGCUGAAGAUGAAGAAGACACCGAGAAGGAGAGAGUGGAAGAGAGCGGGAGGAAGACGAUGAUGAUGCCAUCAACCACGAGGAAGAAAGACAAAGCGAGGAAGAGGAGGAAGAGGAGGCCAGGCAGGCAACUGUUAAUGAUGUCAUCAACAAUGCAGCCCUCCCCUUCAUCAUCAUCAUCGUCUUCGUCGUCAUCGUCUUCAUCAGGAGACGAGAGGGAUGCGGCGACAGUGCAAGCGAGUGUGAGGAUGAGGGUGACGGAAGUAUGUGAUGAAGACACGAGUGACUCUGAAAGCUCCUGCUCUCUGAUUGGUCAGAGCAAGUACUCCCUCAGCAGUGUGCUGUCCACAGACAGCCUGCGGGAGGAGCUGCUGCUUCCAGACCUCCUGAUACAGGAGCCGGAGGAGGAGGGAGAAGAAGGGAGGAGCAAGGAGGGAGCAGACAGGAGAGGGCAGGAGGUGAAAGAGGCCGGAAGACCUCCGGAUGCUGAUCUGUUCGUCAGUGUUUCAGCCGAUCAGAUGUUCGUCUCCGGUCGACCACGAACCACAGAGGAUCUGUUCGCCGUCAUCCACAGGUCUAAGAGGAAGAUGUUAGGAAGAAGGGAUUCAGAAGACGACAGACAUCGCAUCUCCUCCUCCUCCUCCUCCUCCUCCUCCUCCUCCUCUCCUCCGGUUUCCCCCACUGAUCCCCUGCCCAACCCGGUGCGACCUACAAGCCUCAAAAGUCAAAGAUCAACAAGAAGCGAAAGCUUCAAGGCUCUCCUGCUGAAGAAAGGCAGCCGUCCGUCUUCUCGGGUGUCCGCGGUCGAGCGGCUUCGCGUAGUCGCCGCUCCCUCGAUCGGUACCGACAUGUCGCCGACAGACCAGCCCACGAGCUCGGAUACAUGUGAUGUUAACACACACCUGACUCUGGAUGUACCGGUGUCCCCCACAUCUCUGUGUAGUCAGAACUUCUCCAUGAUGUUCAGAUGGAGGCGAAGGGAUCACCUCCUCAGCUCCUCCUCCUCCUCUUCUUCUCCCUUCUUCUUCCUCUCCUCCCCCUCCAUGAGGCCUCGCUCGCUCACUCCUCCCUGCUCUGCAAGCCGACGCUUUGCUGCUCGCUGCCGCCUCUACGCCGCCCCCAUGACGGCCAUCUUUGAAGCAGAAAGUGAGGAGGAGGAGGAGGAGGAAGACGAUGAUGUUUUUAUUGAAUCUCCAGGAGGAGAACUGAGCCAGAGAUUGAUUGAUAUUUCUUGAUGGACAGGUCGAGGUUUGUGCGUACAGCAGGAGGAAGAUGGUUCUGAUGCCUCUUCCUCAAUGUGACGACGUCCUUCUUCAGAUCCUCAUCAUGCCUGGACUGGACUGGACUGGACUGGACUGCACUGCACUGGACUGGACUGGACUGGACUGGACUGGACUGGACUGGACUGGACUGGACUGGCUGGACUGGACUGGACU